AUGCCGCUCGUGAAUCCAGAUGAAUUAUCUAGAGGCGCUGGCGGAGACGAACCCAAGAAAGUCAAGCAAGUGCGGUUUGAGUGUUACAAGCUGCAACUUGAAGCCGCUGCAGCCAUGCAGCCAGCCUGGAGAGAUCAACUCUGGCAAGCCAGAGCAAGUGAGUCUGACAACUUUAUUCCCGGCUUUAUUAUUCAGCUCCUCCCUGAAAGCUGUCAAAUCAGACUGGGGACCGGGGAUCGGACCCAUGGCCAAGAAUAUGUAUUUGAACCGGAGCUUCCACAAUGGACUCCGGUUUCAGGUCUCUUUCGACUCGCUGGUACAUUGAAGACUCACGACUCUUCAGACCUGAUGACUGUCCAGGGCCAAGGACCUAUCAAUCAGGUUCCAGAUGGACAGAAGAUUUACAUCCAGCCUACGACCAAGGAGCCAUUCUACGAAUUUGCUGUGGAGGGGCAGCUGGUAGACAAGCCUCAUGUCUGGCUGAGUACCAGCUUUGAUAAUGAGAUGGCCCUUUUCCAGCUUGUGUUAGAAAUGGCAGAAGAGCGACAGAUGCUCCACGACCUCCGGAUUUCAACCUUCAAAUUGCAGACAACACGCUGGCGUUGCCUAAGACGGGAAUGGGAAUUCAAUCUGGUUCAAAACAUCUGGCUCUACGGAGAUCUACAUAUGCUUCGGGGAGGAUUAGGUAUUUCCAACCUGCUUGCGGCUUGGGACUUUGUGUGGGAAGAAAAUGAAAGAGAUCGAAGGGGACAAAUUCCAACCUGGAGCAAUAUAAUGACUCAAUAUCAGUACGAUGAAAAGGUCACUCAAGAAAAAAACGACAUUACGCAGGCAAUUACGAGAUUGAAGCAGCACAUCAAUGACUUGGACGCACGUUGUGAGCAAAACCGCAAGCGCUCCGUGGGUAACAAAUUGAUGACUCCGCAACACAAGCCCGCGCUUCGUGAUAUUACAGAGACCUCAGCCCUCGGCGGUUUGAACACUUCGAGUCCCCCUAAUGAAAUUGAUAUCAAGAAUCUUAUUCAAUGGCAAGCGGAAAGACACGAUGUCUGGGCAGGACCCAUUAGGCCAUGGUCUAAUGAAGAAGAGUUCUUCUCAAUGCUGGAUAUUCGAAACGCGGAAGAAAUCCAAAAUGGAAUUGCUCCCGGCAGAGGAAACCUUGGGCUUCUUUCCAACUUUUGCCAUGUUCAUCCUGGCCACCAUGCAUGGGGGAAACCUGCAGAAGCAUUGAUAAACUACGCCGCCACUGUAUUCAAUGAUGUCCAUCAGUGGAAGACUAGGAAAUCGGCUCGUGCUCUCUUAGUUACAUUAGAGAGGUGGUAUUUUGAUCAACCUGCGGAGAAGCGGGAGGAACUUUCCCUCAGUGCCAGUGGAUGGGAAUCAUCUUCUUUGGACAUUACAUGCAAAUGGUUCACAGCUUUUCAUCCCGAUGGAAAAUCUCACGAUGUCGAUGUGGACCACCGGGAUACUCUAUGA